AAGUUUAGAUAAAACGAACGCAUAUCACGCUGAAUUAAAAUCAGAGAGAGGGAGGCAGGCAUCAACAAUCUACUGCUAUUAAAUUGAUUGUGGAAAGUCGAAAUGGAUCUAAAGCACAUGAUCGGGCUAUUUGUUUUGGUUUUAUUCGAUAUUGAUUCUGUGAAAGGUUUAAGUGGAACUGCCAACGAGGCAAUAGCCAAAGGCAGAAAAUGGCUCAUGGACCAGAGAAACGCAGACUGGGGAUGGGGGACAAGAAGUGAGGCCGAAGCCAUUCUUGCUCUGCAACUUGCAGACGGCGGCUGGUUCGACAACAGUGACCCGAAUGUAGCCGUUAGCGUCAAACAACUGAACUUGGAUCUACUGGCAGCAUUAAGCAGUGACUCAACACUGGACAAGGAGGAAUGGUAUGGAGGAAAACUGGGCCAAUACAUCUGUGCCCUGGUGGCCACCUGCCAAAACCCACAGGACUUCUACGGCCACGACCUGGUGGCGAUAAUGGAAAAACACAUGAACGGCUUCCCACGCCACUACUUUAAUCACAACUUCGCCUACGCCUGGGGAGUGCUAGCUCUGUGUGCGGCGGGGGUCGCAGUCGAUGAUAGAUUUGUCCAGAAAAUGGCGAAUGAUGCCGGGAAUUACACAUUUGGAAUAGAUGAGGCAGCAAUGUCGGUGAUCGCCUUAUCAUGCGUGCGCAACCAAGCUGACGUCACAUCUGCCAUGGACUUGGGAGUCAAAUAUAUUCUGAACAAGAAGAAAAACGAUGGAUCCUUUGGGAACGAGUAUACAACCAGUCUUGCAUUGCAGGCAUUUGAUGCAGUAAGUCACCCAGACUUGACUGGUUUGAAGAAAAAUGCGAUUUCGGUUUUGCUAAAGGCAAUGGGAGAAGACGGUUCAUUCCAAAGCAUCUCCGCUGCUACCCACGUGAUGCCAGUGCUGGCCAAUAAGACUUACGCUGACAUCAGAGUUAUUUGCAGAAAAGGAACUUCUGCACCCAUGAGUACAACCACCCCGGGACAGCCCAUUUCAUUCACAAUAACACUCCAGUCCACACGGCUGUCACCUGGGACCACUCGUCGCUUUACCGUGACUACCAACAGCGGUACAAGUCUGUACGACGCCAUGAGAGAACUGGAAGCAGGCGAGGUCGGUUUCAGUUUUACCAGUCGUCAGACUAGUUGGGGUGUGUCAAUCACAUCUUUGAUGGGCGUGGCUUCAAGUUCAAAGGAACGUAUCUAUUGGCAGAUAUUGCAAUCUCCAAGCAGUCCUUUAACAACUACAGCGGAUAAAUUCCAUCCGAAUGAUGGCGAUGGCAUCAUAUUCCGCCUAGUCACUUACGAGGGCACACUUGUUGGCUGAAGAAAUGGUGAAAUACGUUUUUACAACACCUUUGGCAUCAGAACGUCAGCGGUAUCUUUGCGCGAUCAUACCUUGGAUGGUUGCAGUGUAUGUUUUUAAACUUUAAAGUCUAUAAGGUGUCUUUCAAUAUCGUUUCAAACCAUUUCCUUAAUUGCAAGUGCAAUUUGUUCAUACAUUGUGUUUUAAAAAUAUAGAAUAAGACUGAAGUCCGUUAACCACACUUAAUGUGCCAAUUUUUGUAAGCCGUCAGUAAA